AUGGGUCACCUGAGAGGUCAAGCAAAGGAUUGGUGGGAUAACAAGAAAAAGGAAAUUGGAAGCGAAGCGGCAAGAGCAAUGACAUGGUACGAGUUUAAGGUGCCAUUCCUUAAACACCACAGCCCCAAAGCAGUUAUUAACCGAAUCAAGGAGGAAUUUAUUCAGCUAAGGCAAAAAGGUGAAUCUAUCGAUAAGAUCACGGGGAUCUUUCUUGACAAACUAAGAUUCUGUGACGAGUUGGUGACGUCCGAAGAACAGAAAGUAUAUUAUUAUUAUAAUAUGCUAAGUGCAGAGUACUGGGAGUUCAUGACUCCCUCGAAAUAUGAAACUCUUACCGAGAUCAUAAACACGGCUCGGGAAAGAGAAAUUGAACUGAAAAUGCAAAUCGAGAGAGGUGAACGAAGGGCGCGGAUUGUCAAUCCAAACCCUACAAAGAAAGCACGAAUCACGGAGUCGUCAAAGAAACAGGAAGGGAAGGGCGGGUCGCCGAAUUGUAAGGUUUGCAGGAAAGGGCACAAGGGCGAGUGCCGGUUUAAAGAUAAGCUAUGUCCUAUAUGUGGGAAGACAGGGCACACAGCUGCAUUAUACCCGAGGAAAGUGUCGGUGUGUUAUAAAUGCUACCAGCCGGGUCACAAGAAAUCUGAAUGCCUGGAGCUAGUCGGGAAGAAGGAUGGCAAGGAUUCACAUACAGAAACUCCAAAAGCAAAAGCCAGAUCCUUCUAG